CGGCCUUCCCACGCACAGUCAACACCUGAUCCGUGUGAUGACGUCGGGUAAACACGAUCGCUCUCCCCCACACCAUGUCGCUGUUCCAAGCCCUCCCCCGCCGCGCCGUCCGCCUCGCGCCCCGCUACACUACGCGCCGCCUCGCGUCCUUCUACAACGUCGACGUGUCGGGCCUGACAGACGAAGAGCACGAGUUCAGAAACGCAGUGAACGACUUUGCGGAGAAGGAGGUCGCGCCCCGCGCCGCGGAGAUCGACAAAUCGAAUACCUUCCCCGCCGACCUGUGGCCCAAGAUGGGCGAGAUGGGGCUGCUGGGGAUCACCGUCGCGCCCGAAUACGGCGGCCUCGGGCUCGGCUAUCUGCAGCACACGCUUGCGAUGGAGUCGCUCUCGCGCGCGUCGGGCUCGGUGGCGCUGUCCUACGGCGCCCACUCGAACCUCUGCGUCAACCAGAUCCACCGGCACGGCACGGCCGCGCAGAAGGCCAAGUAUCUGCCGGACCUCAUCAGCGGCGCGAAGGUCGGCAGCCUCGCGAUGAGCGAGACGGGGAGCGGCAGCGAUGUCGUCAGUAUGCAGCUCAGGGCGGAUAAAGUCGAGCGCGUUGCUGGUGCGGUCCUCAUGCAGAUUCCAUCUGUGGUGUUCCUCAACAGGAUUACAAACGGCCCCUCGGCAUCGACGCUAGUGGUGUACGCCAAGACUGCACCGGAGAAAAAGUCCAAGGGAAUCACAGCCUUCCUGGUCGAGCGAGGAUUUGAGGGAUUCUCGACGAGCCCGAAGCUGGACAAAUUCGGGAUGCGAGGCAGUGACACGUGCGAAUUGGUAUUCGAGGACUGCUUCGUUCCAGAAGAGAAUGUACUUGGUCAAGUCAACAGAGGGGCGGCAGUGCUCAUGUCAGGGUUAGACCUCGAAAGGCUCGUUCUGAGUGGUGGGCCUCUGGGACUAAUGCAGGCGGCAUUUGAUUACGCACUCGAAUACGUCCAUGAGCGCAAGCAAUUUGGACAGGCGAUUGGGACGUUUCAAUUGAUGCAAGGCAAGAUCGCCGACAUGUACACCAACCUUAACGCGAGCAGAUCCUAUGUGUAUGCCGUGGCGAGAGCCUGUGACCAAGGCAAAAUCAGCCGUCGAGACUGUGCCGGCGCGAUUCUGUAUUCCACGGAGAAGGCGAUCCAGGUCGCGCUCGAGGCCCAGCAAGCGCUGGGUGGAAAUGGAUAUAUUAACGAAUAUGCCGUGGGUCGCAUCGUCAGGGAUUCCAGGUUGUAUGCUGUGGGGGCUGGGUCGCAGGAAAUUCGACGGAUGUUGAUUGGGCGUGAAUUCAACCAGGAGAUACUCGGGAGAGCGUCGUAGCACACUACAUGACACUGUAUGAGCGGGCUCACGGAGCUCAGCGUCAAGUGAUCGAUCGAAAAACGGAUCGAAGGCGGUGAUCAAAAUGGACCAAAUUGGAAUUGAAUGAGCGGAUGCCUGACACAGGAGACUGAGCUGCUAUAAUUUUCAGCGGACCAUCUUGGCCCUUUCCAGACAUCCGCCCACUCGACAUGUUUGCCGCAACAUACGAGUCCACACAUCCUUUGCGUCCCAUUCCCAUUGCUACUCCAGGACAACGGCGUCCGUCGCUCGAACUGAGCGGGUUCUCCAAUAUGUUCCAGCGCUGGGAUCUGACGGCCUCCCCUGAAUCGUCGCCGAUAUCGCGCAGAACGUCGCAGAGUUUCGAUAUGGACUAUUCGCCCAUCCCGCCCGAUUACGAUCUCGGCGCGCAACCAUCCCGGCAGCGGACGACGCAGGCUUGCGACAAGUGCAGGGACAGGAAGACCAAGUGUUCAGGCGACCAUCCGGUGUGCAAGCGCUGCACGGCGCGCGGGUUGAUAUGCCACUACUCCGGACGAGAACGCGUCCGCGGGCCCGCGAAAGCCCGGAUCCGCCAGGCGGUCUCGACGUCCUCCCUCGACAUGCGGUACGCCGACGACGCAGGUCUAGUACGCGGUGUGAAACAGGAGGAGAUGAUGGGCCACCCGCUCGCGGACUACUCGCCCGAGUAUGGCAUCCACCACACGUAUUCCCCCCAGCAGGCCAUGGGCGGCGGCCAUCGCCGCUUUCCCCCGUAUGCGCCCCAGCCGCACGAGUACACCCGGAUGUCCCUGCCGCAGGUGCCACAGCCGGACCCAUUCUACCCCUUCCUCAACCCACACCACGGCGGGCACCUCCAGGACCUGGGGCAGCAGCAGCAGCACUUCGUGCGGCGCGCGCAGAGCCAUUCGGCGCUGCGGCUGGGCGACGCUGCGUUCCACCCCACCCAGCCGCGGCCGUACCCAGCGGCGAUGGCGCAUCGGCCUGUGUCGCAGGACGGGGCAGGUGCCGCGCGGGCGCCGCCGGCCGUGGUGCAGUUCGACAUGCGCCAGAACGUCCCGCGCAACACGCUGGGGCUCGAUUUUGACUAUCACGACGACGGUGCCAGUUCUGGCUCGGAGCCGCCGUCGGCGACAGCGUCUGUCUUCAGCAUCAAUCUCUCGCACUCGUCCGAGUCGUCCGAAAGCACGCUGCCGGAGCCCCUGUCUCGGUCGGCUUCAGAGCUCGACUUGCACACGCCCGGACAGCACGCAACGCCCAUCUCUAUGCGGUAUCGGCCGCAGAGUCAGUCGCUGGAGUACGGCAAACCAGGGCCGAUCGCCGCGCGAGGGUUCCACCCGCACUCGCCAGCCGCGUCGAUCCACUCGCUCUCGCCCCCGAGAACUGAGCUCGCUGUCCCGCAGAUCCGGGGCCAAUUUGCGAACCCGUGGGCGCCUGACGAGCGUGCGCGCGAAGUGGAGCUGGUAUAUCCCGCUCCGGUCACGCCAAUCACGCUGGGCAGCGAAUGUGUCGAUAUGUUAGCGGUGGUCGGAGGGACGCCUUAUCCUCCUCCUGAGCCGUCUUCUCCUUCGGAGGGAUCGGUGCAGGACACUCCGCGACGCGGCUCAGACCCCGGCGCUGGGUCGUUCCCACUGCUCAAUACCCCUCUCGCGGAGAAUCCCAUCUGAUCUGUUGUACUCGUCCCAUUCUGUAUUCCGUCGCUUUCUGUAUUCUUUCUUUUCUCUGCUGGAAAUUCCACUCGCGCACUUGCUAUCGUCA